AUGGGUCUUCAUUCAACAGCCAGCUAUGGAGCUUCUGCUAUCACAGCCCGAGGGGUCUCUGGUGAAGACAUGACCAUUGCACAAGGCCUCUUGGCAGGGAACCCGCUGGGCAUUCCAUCAAGGAGGGGUUCAGAGCAGCAUAGACCACCCAGCAUGAACCAGCAGAGCGAGAACCUGCCACCGGACUAUGCCCAUCAACGACGAUCGAGAUACAACUCAACAAGCAACACUUGGACUUCUUCAAGUGAGGAGGAGACUGAAACCGAUGAUAUUGGAGACCGCACCUUUUAUAUAGGGACAUUCAACAAGCUUGCCCGCGAUUAUGGCAUCCCUGAGCUUGUACCAGAUAACCAUGAGUCCGAAAAGAUAGACAAAGUCGUCAUUACCGGGAAGGCAGGGAGUUGGAUCAUGAAGAAGAUCCUGAGGAGAACCACUUCUCUGUUGUCCCUCAACAAGGCCAGGCCGGAUCUGAAGCAUAGAAGAAGCAUCAGCGAUAUUUCUCUGCGUAUGGGUGGAGCAAAGAAAGAUGCUUUUAAGGACAGACAUCUAGCAGAGCUUGUGCGUCUCUGUGGAUCGAGCAACUUUGAUUUGCCUCCUGAGUAUGCUCAUGGGACCUUGAGCCUGCCGACUUGUUUUCGUUCUACGGCACAGUAUCUUGUCCAGCAUGGGCCGGCCAUGAAAGGAAUCUUUAGAAUUUCCGGGUCACACGCCACCGUGGCAGCAUUAUAUGACCAUUAUGCAUCGCAGGAUGAAGAUGGCGAUGUUAUAAGUGAUACCGUCAGAUGCCCAACUCUGCCUGAGAAUAUCCGGUGUGACGAGCAUGACGUAGCGUCCACAUUCAAAAAGUUUCUUUCGGGGCUUCCAGGAGGUAUCCUAGGCAAAGUGUGGCUCUUUGAGGCCUUGGUUACCAUUCAUGACCAGAUGGGCGUAGCCCCGGAUGUGGUGAAGACGAGGCAAACCAAAGUCAGACCCCGUAUGAUUGCCAGUGCUAUAGCCUCCCAUCCGUCGAGAUUCCAGCGGGAUCUGAUCUGUGCUGUUUUUGGUCUGUUAUCUAUGAUUGGAAGAGCGUCAGAGACUGCACGCCGUGAAGAUUCAGAUGGGAGACCUCUACCUACGAAUGAGUUGAUGGGAUAUGGCCCGUUGGGAACGCUAUUUGGGCCUCUCUUGGUUGGAGAUCUGAUCUAUGAAUGUAAUCCUUGCCGUGGAGAAGUGACGGUUGAGAUAUCUCAAGGACGAUCGUUGCCUAAGAAGAAGUCAAGGCAUAGGAAGCCCAAAAGUGCUGAAGAAAGCCUGUUAGAGACAAAGAUUGCUUCGGACAAGUUAAAAGUUGCGGGUGGUGUGGCAGAAAUGCUUAUAACUCACUGGCGAGAUGUAGUCAAGCAGAUGAGGAAUCUCAGAAAUAUUGGGUCGUCUGUAUUCCAACAAUAUCUUCAAGAGCAAGAGCAAGAGCGUGGAAAGGGGAAGCAUCCUCUCCUGAAGUCGUCAACCUCGGAGUACUUUCUUAGACGUCCUCCUGAUUGGAACUCUGUAGAUCGAGAUCAGUCGAAUGGUUUCGGGGAAAGGAACGGUUCACCUACUCCACCGUCACUCAACCAACUGAGAGUUCGUAACAACGCAAGUAAUCUUCCGUUGCACAAUCAACCGCAGGACGUUCAGCAGGUCAGGAGGCAAAGGUCUAGGCCUAGGGCUCAGCCAAACCAGAAGCUAUCUGGUUCAAAGUCUAUGAGCAUAUUGACGCCGCCGAGAGAAGAUAAUAGCGAGCUACACUACGAGCACCUUGAUUGUGGGUGCCCAGCGCCUAAAGCUACUGUCAGAGCCGUUUCUGGUGUUCCUCCUACCGAGAACGAAACAAUUUCUAGUGGCGACUCAUUAUAUCGGGAUUUACUCUCGUCUCUUCAAUCACCAAGUGAGAACAGCGCACCUCCGGAUUUACGCGUAGCACCAACUACUUUACUUGAUCAACCAUUGAUUGAAAACGUCAAUCUCGUCAAUCCUGUCAAUCUCGAUUUAAGACAAACUGCUAUUGUGGGAAGGCCGCAGGAAGUACAGACCCCUAUCAAAACACAACAAACGCAGGGUCCAAAUGAGGCGUUCGCACUAAAUGAUAACAUCACCAACACAACAACAGUAGAACAUUCACAAGACGAACCUUCUACAGAAAAUAGCGAAAUCAUCAAAGAAACUGAAGACAACGACAUGAUGCAGCUGAAAAAGAAACAACCCAUUGCCAAGCGUGGCACUCCUAAGGUCUCAAAGGCCACAAAGGUCUCACCAGCGAAUCAACAAAGCGACGUCGAGGAUGGCCUUCCACCUCGCAUCAGCCGCCUUCCAGGAUACUCACCUUCUGAGCAUUUAGAGAGGCGUAAACUUGAUCAAAUCAAACUCGCCGCAGCGCGUGAUAGCAAUGAUACCUCAGUGCAGAGCCAAGAGAGUGAUACAGACAGCGAUCUGCCGCCACCUGUGAGACGCAUUCCAGGACAGUCACCUUCUGAGCAUCUAGAGAGAAUUCUUUCUGCUAAUAUCCCCGAAUCAGUUGGCAAACACAGUCCAGCUUACAAGUCCAAUGGAUCAGCUUUCCGAUCUGGUGGCUCGUCCCGUUUCGUAGAUGGCGGAUCGCGUGGGUCUUUGAUGAUGUCUGAAGUUGAAUCUGGCUCAGUGAGAGUUUCUCACGAACAAGAUAUGGCCUCUUUGGCUUCUCUCGCCCAGGUUCUCAACUCUGAGAGCAACGAUGAAUUUCAAUCUCUUGAUCCAUCUGGGAAUACCACAGAGUUUGUCACAGAUUAUGGGGAGAUUGAUUACACGCCAACCAAUAGAUCGACUCACAAGCACAAUGAACCAGAAGGUGCUGGGUCAAAGAAGGCAAAUCAGUCGGCGAAGCGUGCAUCAUUUGCAGCUGACUUGGAGGUUCAUCCAUCACGCCUUAACCAUGCACCAGCAAACCUAGCGGCUUCCUCCAAGAAAAAUACGGCUGGGAUUCAAUCAUUGAUCGGAAAGUUCAACACUGUGGAUCAAGAUGCUGUCGGAUCGCUAUCUCCUUCACCCACGAGAUCGCCAGCCACUUUUGGUGGUAGAUAUAGCAUCCAAUUCCCAAUCACGGCACCAUCAACCUACGCCAUGAACUCAUCGCCUAUUUUGUCACGCGAUGCUUUGAAGUCGAGCAAGGGCUUUGGGAAUGAAACCAGCCAACUGGGCUUUGAUAGGGAGGUUGCUUCACCAAAGAGCCUUCCACCAACCAAGAUUCCUCGUCCAAUCUCGGCGUCUUUGCUCUCUAUCACUCACCAGGCUGAAACCCAGCUUCCAAUCAAGGCGCUGAAUCCUACCAAGAAGCAGGCUGAUCGCAGAAGUUUAUAUAUGGAUGGAGGCUAUAGCAGCAGCCCAGUUCUGCCCAGCCUUGGUUCAUUCAGAGAUGGCGGUGCCAAUGAGAAUAUGGGCACACCAGGACGCUCAGGCAGAGAUAAAAUGCGUUCAAAGCCGGCUGGAAUUACUAUUUGGGACGAUUCGAACACUACCCCAAAGCCGAGAUCGACCUCUGUCUCCAGCCACGAGCAGCCAUCUGUUGAUCCACGUUCUUCCAACAGCUUCAGCGGCCCUCAGUCAUCUGCUGAUCCGCGUUCAUCCAACGGCUUGAACCCUGCAAACACCAAGCCAGGCCCAUCGGCUACUACCCACGCGCCAAUCACCCCGGCUGUGGGAACGGGGGCGCAAGGAAAGGGCACAUCAGUGCUUUUCUCUCAGAUCACCAAUCUCCAGAGACUGCUUGAGGCUCGCACUGAGGAAGCUGAUAACUUGAAAAAGCAGCUCGCUACCAAGGGUAGCUUGAAUGAUCUGAGCACCCUGGCCGAACAGCUUAGAGAGGCUAAGCGUGAGACUGCUACCUGGCAGAAGCGUGCUGAGAUGGCGGAGAGACACCUGGAGAGGCUGUCACAGUUUAACCCAGCCACGAUCAGUGAGGCUAUGGCCGAAGAGUCGGCUUACUUUGAGGUGGAUGCUACCCGAGUGGCAGGUGUGCAUGAGUUCCCCAUUGUGGGCAAGAGAGAUUUCCGCUCACUGGACAUCGCUGGUCCGGCGCAGCAUGGCAACGUAGAGGGUGCCAGGAGCAGUGGAGAUUCUACGAAUACACAGGGAACGACGAUUAUGAGAACUAUCCCAGAGUUGAGAGAGUUGAGGGAUUCUUCCCCCGAGGAGUCCGUUGCUAGCUACGGGGCGUUUGGGAGACAGCCAAGAAAGUUGAGGGGAACGUCUGGGGAGGACUUAAUUACCUUCUCGGAGACCGAUUAGAUCAUCAGCAUCAAAGCAUACAGUUGAAGGCUCUGAAGGGAAUUACAUAUCGACUUGAAUCGGAAGUUUGGACUACUGUAAGAAAUAGGAUAUGAUGCAUGUGGGAGGCGGCGAAGUUGUGGGGUGGCUUUGAUUGUUUUUGUUUUUUCUUUCGUUCGAUGGGCCAAGGUGGGCGGAUAAUAAGGAGUUUUCGGUGGAGUAAUGGGUGAGGGGGGCCACGCAUGUGUAGGAGUUGAGGAGGAUAACUGAACUUUCGAGGGGGAGUAAUGGGAGCAUGGGAGCAUGCAAAGUAUAUGAGCAUAGGAGGACGAAGCGGCAUAAGGGCGAGCCAAACUUGUACGGUAGUUUGAUUUGAACUGGCUCUACUAUAGGUUCUUAGUUCCGUAGGUGAUGAAUCGGAUACUUUGAACUAUAGCUGGAUAACGUUGAUG